CUAUUCUCUCUCCCAGGAACAUGGCGGCGAGUCAGGGAGGCGGUGGGAACAGUGGGGGCGGCGGCUGCGGUGGAGGUGGAAGUGGCGGUGGCGGUGGCGCGGCUGGAGGAGGAGGAGGUGGUGGUGGAGGAGGAGGUGGCGGGGCCGGGGCGGGAGGAGGUGGUGGCUGUGGCGGGACCGUCGCGGUGCCCAUCCCGGUACCGACUCUUUUCGGUCAGCCGUUCCCCAAUGGGCCGCAGUGGCACCCGGGGAGCUUGCAGCCUCAGCACACGGUGAGGAGCCUGGACCGGGCCCUGGAGGAGGCGGGGAACUCUGGCAUCCUGAGCCUCAGUGGCAGGAAACUCAGAGACUUCCCAGGCAGCGGCUAUGACCUGACGGACACCACCCAAGCAGAUCUUUCCAGAAAUCGCUUUACAGAAAUUCCUUCAGAUGUAUGGUUAUUUGCACCUCUUGAAACUUUAAACCUAUAUCAUAAUUGUAUCAAAACGAUUCCUGAAGCCAUUAAGAAUUUGCAGAUGUUAACAUACCUUAACAUUAGUCGAAAUCUUUUAUCAACAUUGCCAAAAUACUUAUUUGACCUUCCACUUAAAGUUUUGGUUGUCAGCAAUAAUAAGCUGGUAUCCAUUCCAGAAGAAAUUGGAAAGUUAAAAGAUUUGAUGGAGCUGGAUAUUAGCUGCAAUGAAAUUCAGGUCCUUCCCCAACAAAUGGGAAAAUUACAUUCACUUAAAGAGCUAAAUAUAAGAAGAAAUAAUCUCCAUGUUUUGCCAGAUGAAUUAGGAGAUCUUCCCUUAGUGAAGUUGGAUUUCUCCUGUAAUAAAGUGACUGAAAUUCCUGUUUGCUAUAGGAAGCUACACCAUUUACAAGUAAUAAUUUUGGAUAACAAUCCAUUGCAAGUACCUCCAGCACAGAUAUGCUUAAAGGGUAAAGUACAUAUAUUUAAGUACUUAAAUAUACAAGCAUGUUGUAGAAUGGAUAAGAAACCAGAUUCCCUGGAUCUUCCAUCACUGAGUAAAAGAAUGCCUUCUCAGCCCCUCACAGACAGUAUGGAAGAUUUUUAUCCAAAUAAAAAUCAUGGCCCUGACUCUGGAAUUGGAAGUGAUAAUGGAGAGAAGCGAUUGUCUACAACGGAACCAUCAGAUGAUGAUACAAUCAGUCUUCACUCUCAAGUCUCAGAAUCGAAUAGAGAGCAAACGUCAAGAAAUGACAGUCAUCUAAUAGGAAGCAAGCCUGAUUCACAGAAAGACCAGGAAGUAUAUGAUUUUAUUGAUUCCAACACAGAAGAUGUAGCAGUUCCUGAACAAGGAGAUACACAUAUUGGAUCAUUUGUCUCUUUCCUUAAGGGGAAAGAAAAGUGCUCUGAAAAAUCUCAGAAAAUUGAAGAACUGGGAAAUGAAAAAAAACUUGACAAAGAACAGUUACUUCAGGAGGAAGACGAUGAUGAUUUGAAAGAAGUAACUGAUUUGAGGAAGAUAGCUGCUCAGUUAUUGAAGCAAGAACAGAAGAACAGAUGGAGGCCUUUAAGUUAUAGAACAUCAUUCAGUGACAAACUCUUCCAGAGGACCAGAGCAGCAGGCCGGAAAUCAAGGAUUCUUAAUCAUUCAACUUCUGUCAUGAGAAAUAAGCUGAAACAAACUGUGGAAUGUGAAAAGAGUGUCUCAGCAGAUGAAGGGAAUUCACCAUUAUCACCCCUUGCAUGGCAGCCAUUAGAAAAUCAGAAGGACCAAAUAGUUGAACAACAGUGGCCAGAAUCUCAGCCUAUAAUCUGGCAAAACGAAGAAAGGAGACGGAGUAAGCAGAUCAGAAAAGAAUAUUUCAAGUAUAAAUCAGCAAGGAAGAAUUCAAGUGGCAAUGAAAAUGAGGAGGAAUACGACAGGUCUGAUGGCUUUUCACAUGGUCCCUUUGGCUUGAAGCCUAGAUCAGCCUUUAGUCGUGCAUCUCGGCAAGAAUAUGGGGCAGCAGAUCCAGGGUUUACAAUGAGAAGAAAGAUGGAGCAUUUACGGGAAGAGCGUGAACAGAUACGGCAGCUUCGCAAUAACCUUGAGUCCAGAUUAAAAGUAAUUCUGCCUGAUGACAUAGGAGCUGCACUGAUGGAUGGGGUUGUUCUUUGCCACUUGGCCAAUCACAUAAGGCCACGCUCUGUAGCUAGUAUUCAUGUACCAUCACCAGCAGUGCCCAAGCUGAGCAUGGCGAAAUGUCGAAGAAAUGUAGAAAAUUUUCUUGAUGCUUGCAAAAAGUUGGGUGUUUCCCAGGAGAGACUCUGCUUGCCUCACCAUAUUUUGGAAGAACGAGGGCUUGUGAAAGUUGGUGUUACGGUUCAGGCGCUCCUUGAAUUGCCUACUACCAAGGCAUCUCAGCUUUCUAUGGCUUGAUGUGACAAUUAAAAAAAAAAAACAUACGUGUAUAAUUUCAUGUAUUUGAAAUGAUUUCAGAUAUCUCAAAAUCAUGAAGAAUGUCCAGUAAAAAAAUAGUUUGCCUUAGGUUUCUUUUUUCAGAAUUACAUUAAGAUCUCAGAUUUAAACUGAGUUGUCCAAAUAACUUUUGGAGGAAAAUUGGAUUAAUUUAUAGGAGUUUUUGAUAAAUUGAAAUUCUCCUUUUAUUAUGUCAUUCAAGAACCUUGACUGAUUUUCAAAAUGCGAAUUGAUACAAAAUUUAAAACAUGCUUUGAAUUUAAUAAUCACAUUAAGUUGAAUAUUUUUACAUCACUGAAUACAAGUAAUCAUCUCGGUAAAAGUAAUAUUUUAGGAAAACAAUUAUAUAUUUGAGUUAUUCCAUAUACUUUUACUUUGUACACAAUUUCUUCAAUAUUUUGUUUUGUUUCCUAGGAAAAAAAUGAAACAAACAAAACCUUGGCAUUAUUCAAUUCUUUUAGUAUUAUCAGUUGGUGCCAAAAUAUUUUCAUUUAUAUUGUAGGUUGUUUACAUGUGAAGUGCCUGUGUAAUUGAUGAAUCUCAAAUAGUCUUAAGAAUUUUGCAAUUUCUUUUUAUGUAUUAAUAGAAUCAAUGGGAUUUUAAAAUAUUUUGGUAGGUUUUGUACGGUCAAUAAUAUGUGAGGGUUUAAAUUACCUCACAUUAGUGGUUUCUUAGUUAACCCAUUGCAGUUUUUUCUUAAAUUGGUUCUUUCAUGAUGUCAAAAAUGUUAAUAUGCUUAAUUUAUGCUAUUUAAUUUUGCAAAAGCAUAAUCAUCUUUUAAUUGUUUUAUCUGAAGAGUAUUUUAUUUCAGUGUUGAAAACGUUACACAAAGCAGUAAGACUUUGGAGGGCUAGGGAAGUACUAAUUGUCAAGAACAUUUUGAUGUAACUGUCAGUAUUCCUGUUUAUAUCUUGACUUAUGAGAACAUUAAGUACAUAAGCGCUGCCUUCCAUAUUAAAAAAGCGGCCUGUGAGAAGCAAUUUUGAUUCAAAAUUUGGCCAUUUCUGGAUCAUGCAUUUCUUAUGAUUCUCAAGUAAAUUGAUGUUGAAUUAAACACAUUCUGUUUCAUGAAAUAGUAUUUUCAGUAAAGUCCUUGCUUGAUUUGAAGAUGGAUAAACUUAUGGUGAUAGUAGUGCAGGAAUGUUUCCAAAACAUUACUGUGAUGAAUAACUCAGUUUCCUAUAGAAGAGCCUUCAUAUUCACUUUUGCAGUAGCCAAACAAGUAUCAUUUCUUAACUGUGUGAUUAUUUGCACUUGUUACCUCUUAAUAUGGAUGCAACUUAAUAAAACCAUUGGCCUGGGUAUUUCAAAGGAAAUUUAUAAAAUGUAAAAUGUCAUGUGCCAAAUACUAUAGUAAGGAUUGAUUUUAGGAAUAAUUCUACAUUAUUCUGGUCAGUUGUCGUGAAGCCAUAUUUUUUAAUCUUGGCUUCAGAAUAUAGCUAUUUUCUUUUUAGUCCCCAUGAGUCAAAUUGGAACUAUUGAAGAGUGAAAGGUUUUUAUUACUGUAAGUUUUAAGAAAUAAAGUAUUGAUAAUUUAUUAUUUAAAUAUUUGAUCUAAUUAGAUAAGAUUAAGUCAUUGGAUCUGAAAAAUAUCCCCAUUGACAUAAUGAAUCUCAUUAUCUGAAAUUUGGAUAAUAUAGGUAAUUUAGGAAGUACUUUAGUUGAUGAAUUUUUAAUUUAGACAGUUGACAGCAUUACAAAUUUCAAAAAGUUUAACAACCAAAACAAUCACUCAUACUUCUCUCAUGAUUAUUGUGGUAUAAAAUUCCUCUUAUUAAUCAAUCUUGUGUUAUUUUCCAAGUAUUUUGUGCUUUGUUAUUAUUGAAAUAGUUGUGAAACUUUACGUAAUUCUUCUUACUACAUUUCACUUGUCAGUUACCUAUUACCUUAUAGAGAAAACACACCCGAACUUCAGUGCUCAUACUUGAUAGCAAAUAAAAAUGCUUUUCAAGAUGGGUCCCUUCGGGGCCUGUAACACAGCAGUUCAGUUAUUAUUGUGCCAAAAGGCAAUACCAAUAUCACUUAUAAUGCAGUUUCAGCGUAGUCCACAAUGACCACCUUAUACCAAGACCCUGCCAUAUUUCUGUUAAUAAUUUUUUAGUGUAAAUUUUAUCCUAAAUGUUUUCUAUGGCUUUUUAUAUAUUUACUUCAUCAGUUAUUGAAUUAAGAAUGGAUAUCAUUAUUUGAAUGGUUUUGUGAUUUGAGGAGGAUUGAAUAAUCGAAGAAUAUCUUAUCGGGCCCAAAACAUCACGAGAUAGCUACUUCUGUUAAACGUUAUGACCACAUUGGCACAAGGAAGAAGUGAUGUUGGAUAUGUUUGAAUUGAAAUGAGUAAAAAUGCGUAACCAUUUGUUUAAUACUUAUCUUUAUAGAAUGCUAGUUUAAUGACUUUUCUAACUGAAUUUUUUGAAGAAUUCAGAAAUGUUUGUAUUAGUCACAGAUUUAUCAUAAUUGAUUUUCUGAUGCAUUUUAAAAAAUGGAACACUAAAUGUAUAUUACCGAUGCAAACUGUGGAUAAAAUUGAAUGAAAACAAUCCAAGCUGGAGCUCCUUUUCUUCCUUUUUAGCGUCGCUUUGACUAUCAAUAUCUUUGGUCAGUCUUCGAUAGUUAGUAUCUGUGGUCCCUACUGUUGGUGGAUAUUCAAACCUUGAGUGUUGGUAGUGGUGCUCAGUGAGUGAAGUCUGACAACCUGAGUUUGACUCCCAGGCUCCACAUGGUGGCAGAAGAGAACUGAAAGCUGCAAAUUGUCCUUUCAUUGCGGCUUCCCAUGUUCUUACACUCCACAAGUGCACCUCAGCACACUGUUGACUAAACAAACAAUGCUUUGAUAAGCUAUAUAGUCAGCGUAGGCUGUUUUAGUUGGGCAUGGUGGUACACCUAGAAUCUUGCUUCCUAGGGCAUCUAAAGUGAGAGCAUCUCUUGAAGGCAGCAGUGUAAGGCUAGCCUAGCAAAUAAGUGAGACUCUGUCUCAGAAAGUAAAGCACAGCAGCAACAAAUAUAUUGAAAUUUGAAGUAGAUUGUUGUAAGGCUCAUGAUUGUUUUUA